AAGUUUUUCGAUAAUAUUUAUUGCCUAGAAUUUGUUUUUCUUUUUCAACUUUGCAAAUUACUCGCUACAGAGGACACUAGGAUCGUUUUCGAGAAAAUACGCGGGAGUGUCAACCUGUUCCGCAUAACCUAUGGUGUUGAGUGUGAUGUGUAUAAAAUUCGUCGUUACUUUGAUUAUGUUCGAGACAGUUGUCAAAUUAAACGUGGACAACAAAUCGCACGUCUGAGAGGCUGAAUAAGGAAAACUGAUUACACUUGCUCGAUAAAUUUUAUCAGUGGUACAGUAAAAUUAUCUUUUUCGCAAAAGUUCACUUUUACGAAAUGAACGGAAUAUGAAUCGGUAUUCGCUCAUUCGCAGCUUCGCCUAAUUUCAGAUAAGAUGUUGAACUGCAAAGUAAUUAUAUUAUAAAUGUAUUGAAUGGAUAAUACUAUAAUCCGUACAUAUAAAUGCUUUGAAAAUGACUAUGAUAUUCGACUUUUUAAAGAAGAUUUUUGGAUGGGCAGAUGAAAGCUCUAGAAAGCGAAAGGUCUCUGAAAAUUGCAACUUUGGGGAAGAUUAUAUAACAUCGAAAAAAGUUAGAACCAAUUGUAAUACAUCACAUUCAAUGGAUAAUUAUAUAUAUGUGGAUGAGAGUGAUGAUGAGGAUGAUAUUAUAUUUCUGGGAGAACAAAAAUGCUCUGCAAUGAGACAGUGUGUCAAGUUAAAUGGCACUCAUAAGAAAAAAUCUUAUCAAACUCAUACAAAAAUCCCAUCUCCUACUUGCAAAUCCACUUGUUCCUCGCUACAUCAUAAUAAUUCAAUGAUGAAACAUUCACCUGCCAGUCAUAAAUACACGAUGCAAGAUACCAGUCAUGGAUGUCCCACAUUGAGCAAAACCAAUCAGUUGAAAGAGAGAUUUCAAUAUGAAAUAUUGCUGCACAACUUUCUUCCAGAUAGGAUACAUGUAGUAAAAGAUAAACGCACUCUGGAAUACUCUCCUGUGCAGAAACCUGUUGAAGUGAUCGACUUGGAUAAGGAAGUAAAUUUAAACAACAAAACUAAACUCGGUGACAUACCCGAGACAUCAUAUCGUCACAGAAGCAGCGUGUCAAAUUAUUCUAGAGUGGAUAAAGAAAAAGUUCCUUCAAAUGACAAGUCAAACAACGCAACAUGUUCGGGAGCUGACAAAUUGGUUAUAAUUGGCACUAAUGUCAGCGCAGUAAAACACUUGUCCAGACCAAAGUCGCCAAUCAAAAUGGUUGCAACUAAUUCGUUACGUGAUGAAUUAGCUGCAAAGCCCAUCAUGAGACAAGACUUUAUGGCACAGGUCGAAAAACAGUACAAUGAGCGGAUGGAACAGCGACACAGGGAGGCUGAGGAACUGAAGAAGAUGACAUGCGCCCUGUCCAACCACAAUAGAUAUGUUCGGGCAGCGGCUUUGGAAGAGCAACUAGCACGUACUAUGAAACUAUGCUUGGCUGUUCUGGAUGAUAGAGAAGAGCCAGAGGAACCGGCAUUACCGAAACUAACCGAUAGUAUGUUGCGAGACGUGAAAAACGCUCUUGUGUCUUGUCCGCCAGACGAAGUUCUUGCAGAAGGUUUUGGUCUGAGGAUCACGCGUAAGGACAUCCAUACGUUGGCCGGCCUAAAUUGGUUGAACGACGAAGUAAUAAAUUUCUACAUGAACCUGUUGAUUGCCAGAGGCACAAAUUCGGACAAAUAUCCAAAGGUACACGCGAUGAAUACAUUUUUCUAUCCGAAACUGCUAUCAGGUGGUCAUUCUUCUCUGAGGCGAUGGACCAGGAAAGUAGACAUAUUUGCGCAAGAUCUUGUGGUCGUGCCUGUCCAUCUGGACAUUCACUGGUGUAUGUCGAUAAUAGACUUUCGGGAAAAAAUGAUUGUUUAUUAUGACAGCAUGGGUAGUAGUAAUCCAAAGUGUUUGGCAGCACUAAAGCAGUAUUUGCAAGACGAGAGUCUGGACAAGAAGAAACAACCGUUCGACAUGAGUGGCUGGAGAUUGCAGUCCGCCAAAAACAUUCCACAGCAGAUGAAUGGCAGCGAUUGCGGAGUGUUCUCCUGCAUGUUCGCCGAGUACGCCUGUGCGAAUAGAAGAGUAACGUUUACGCAGGAAGAUAUGCCGUAUUUUAGGAGCAAAAUGGUUUAUGAGAUACUGAAGGGUAAACUUUUGUAAAGGAACGGUACUAUUAAUGCUUUGAUGAGGUGAAUAAUCAAUGGUGAGACAACUCAGCUUAAUUAGAUUGUCAAAUGUUUUGAUAUGAUGGUGAAUUUUGUAGAAGCGACAAGUAAUAAUACAUCAUUUGAGAGAAAGAGAGGAAGCAGAGAAGAAGUUAACAUAUUUUUUGUAAUCUAACAUGUUUUGUCAAACAUUAAAAAAAAAAUGCAAACUCUGUUAAUUAUUAUUUUUUAGAAACAUACUAUAUACUUCACAUGGAGCAAGAGAGUGAGAGAACGAGAAAGAGUCGAUGUUUAUCUUGUAUAAUAAUUCAUUAAUUCCGCUGUUUUCAAAUAAACUGUAACAAAUUAACGUAGAUAUACAUAGGACAUUUUUUUUGCUGUACAGACAGAAUAAUAAUACGUGUUUCGUUGUUUAGGUUACUAUUGUGAACAAAAAUGUUGCGAUAUCUUUUUUUUCUGUCAACUUGCGCGAAAAUAAUGUUUUCUUUGUUUUGUGUCCAACAAAAAAAAGGUUGUACUUUCACAUAUAUAUAUAAUAUACCUAUGUCCAAUCUGAUUUGUGCUUUGACAUACAUAUAUCUAUGUUACUUCUCAUAUUUUGAUUCGACAUAUAUUCAUUUUAAAAUUAAUUUAUGUAUAAAUUGAGAUUAGAAUAAUAUACAAUUAUUAUACAUAUGGAUACAACAAAACCUCGUAUUAAUAAAUCAGUUUAAAACAGAGAAAUAAAUCAUUAUGAUGAAUACAUCUGACAGCGACAUACUUAUUAUUUUUGAUUUCUCAAAUUAUUGUUUGUAUUUUAAAAAAUA